AAGGAUUGCCGUGCAGUCAGCCUUAAACACCAGACUGCACCCCCCAUCUUUCUUUCGCAUUAAUUAAAAAAAAUCUUCUAACAAAAUUCUCAUAAAUAUAGGUAAUUUUAUUUAAUUUUAGUCACAAAUCAACAUCUUCAAAAUGACGAGGAUUUUGACAGCUUGCAAAGUGGUGAAGACCCUGAAGACUGGUUUUGGCUUUACCAAUGCGCCUGCGCACCAUCAAUGGAAAUUUUCAAGAGCUGGCAUCAGGCUCCUUUCUGUCAAGGCACAGACAGCACACAUUGUCCUGGAAGAUGGAACAAAGAUGAAAGGCUACUCCUUUGGCCAUCCAUCCUCUGUUGCUGGUGAAGUGGUUUUUAAUACUGGCCUAGCAGGGUACCCAGAAGCACUUACUGACCCUGCCUACAAGGACAGAUUCUCACCAUGUGCCAAUCCCAUUAUUGGGAAUGGUGGAGCCCCUGACACUACUGCCCUGGAUGCUGGACUCAGCAAAUAUUUGGAGUCUGAUGGAAUUAGAUUAUUGACAAAUUCCAUGGAGAAAGGUACCAGGGUGCUGAGAAGUCGGGGACAGGAGUUAGCAACUGGGCUAAGACUUUUCUUCAACAUGGUUGCAGGUUUGCUGGUUCUGAACUAUAGCAAUGACUACCACCACUGGCUGGCUAACAAGAGUCUUGGGCAGUGGCUACAAGAAGAAAAGGUCCCUGCAAUUUAUGGAGUGGAUACAAGAAUGCUGACUAAAAUAAUUCGGGAUAAGGGUACCAUGCUCGGGAAGAUUGAAUUUGAAGGUCAGUCUGUGGAUUUCGUGGAUCCAAAUAAGCAGAAUUUGAUCGCUGAGGUUUCAACCAAGGAUGUCAAGGUGUAUGGCAAAGGAAACCCCACAAAAGUGGUAGCUGUAGACUGUGGCAUUAAAAACAAUGUAAUUCGCCUUCUAGUAAAGCGAGGAGCAGAAGUGCAUUUAGUUCCCUGGAAUCAUGAUUUCACCAGCAUGGAGUAUGAUGGGCUUUUAAUUGCCGGAGGACCUGGGAACCCAGCUCUUGCACAACCACUAAUUCAGAAUGUCAAAAAGGUUUUGGAGAGUGAUCGUAAGGAGCCAUUGUUUGGAAUCAGUAGAAAUUUAAUAACAGGAUUGGCUGCUGGUGAAACCUACAAGAUGUCCAUGGCCAACAGAGGGCAGAAUCAGCCUGUUUUGAAUAUCACAAACAGACAGGCUUUCAUUACUGCUCAGAAUCAUGGCUAUGCCCUGGACAACACCCUUCCUGCUGGCUGGAAACCACUUUUUGUGAAUGUCAACGAUCAAACCAAUGAGGGGAUUAUGCAUGAAAGCAAACCCUUUGGUGUGCAAUUCCACCCAGAGGUCAGCCCAGGCCCAACAGACACUGAGUACCUGUUUGAUUCUUUUUUCUCACUGAUAAAAAAAGGGAAAGGUACCACAAUCACAUCGGUUCUGCCAAAGCCAGCACUGGUUGCCUCUCGAGUGGAGGUCAGUCUCCAAAGUCCUAUCCUAGGAUCAGGAGGUCUAUCCAUUGGUCAGGCAGGUGAAUUUGACUACUCAGGAUCACAAGCCGUAAAAGCCAUGAAGGAAGAAAAUGUCAAAACUGUCUUGAUGAACCCAAACAUUGCAUCGGUGCAGACCAACGAGGUGGGCUUAAAGCAAGCAGAUACUGUCUACUUUCUCCCCAUCACCCCUCAGUUUGUCACAGAGGUCAUCAAGGCGGAGCGGCCAGAUGGGUUAAUUCUAGGCAUGGGUGGCCAGACAGCUCUGAACUGUGGAGUGGAACUAUUCAAGAGAGGUGUACUCAAGGAGUAUGGCGUGAAAGUCCUGGGGACCUCGGUUGAAUCCAUUAUGGCCACAGAAGACAGGCAGCUGUUCUCGGACAAACUAAAUGAAAUUAAUGAAAAGAUUGCUCCAAGCUUUGCGGUGGAAUCGAUUGAGGAUGCCCUGAAAGCAGCAGACACCAUCGGCUAUCCAGUGAUGAUCCGUUCUGCCUAUGCUCUGGGUGGGUUAGGCUCAGGCAUCUGUCCUAAUAAGGAGACAUUACUGGACCUCAGCACAAAGGCCUUUGCUAUGACCAACCAGAUUCUGGUGGAGAGGUCAGUGACAGGUUGGAAAGAAAUAGAAUAUGAAGUGGUCCGAGACGCCGAUGACAAUUGUGUCACUGUCUGUAACAUGGAAAAUGUUGAUGCCAUGGGUGUUCAUACAGGUGAUUCGGUUGUCGUAGCCCCUGCCCAGACCCUCUCCAAUGCAGAGUUUCAGAUGUUGAGACGUACUUCAAUCAAUGUUGUUCGCCACCUGGGCAUUGUGGGUGAAUGCAACAUUCAAUUUGCCCUUCAUCCUACCUCAAUGGAAUACUGCAUCAUUGAAGUGAAUGCCAGACUGUCUCGAAGCUCUGCCCUGGCCUCAAAGGCCACUGGCUACCCGUUGGCAUUCAUUGCUGCAAAGAUUGCCCUAGGAAUCCCACUUCCAGAAAUCAAGAAUGUUGUAUCGGGGAAGACAUCAGCCUGCUUUGAACCUAGCUUGGAUUACAUGGUUACCAAGAUUCCUCGCUGGGAUCUUGAUCGUUUUCAUGGAACAUCUAGCCGAAUUGGUAGCUCUAUGAAAAGUGUAGGAGAGGUCAUGGCUAUUGGUCGCACCUUUGAGGAGAGUUUCCAGAAGGCCUUACGAAUGUGCCACCCGUCAAUAGAUGGGUUCACUUCCCGUCUCCCAAUGAACAAAGAAUGGCCAUCCAACAUAGAUCUCAGAAGAGAGCUGGCUGACCCAUCCAGCACCCGCAUCUAUGCCAUUGCCAAGGCCUUGGAAGACAACAUGUCCCUUGAUGAGAUCAUGAAGCUCACAUCCAUUGACAAGUGGUUUUUGUAUAAGAUGCGUGACAUUUUAAACAUGGAAAAGACACUGAAAGGGCUCAACAGUGAGUCCAUUACAGAAGAAACCCUGAAAAAGGCAAAGGAGAUUGGGUUCUCAGACAAGCAGAUUUCAAAAUGCCUCGGGCUGACUGAGGCCCAGACAAGGGAGCUGAGGCUAAAGAAAAACAUCCACCCUUGGGUUAAACAGAUUGAUACACUGGCUGCAGAAUACCCAUCAGUAACAAACUACCUCUAUGUUACCUACAAUGGUCAGGAGCAUGAUAUCAAUUUCGAUGACCAUGGAAUGAUGGUGUUAGGCUGUGGUCCAUAUCAUAUUGGCAGCAGUGUGGAAUUUGAUUGGUGUGCUGUCUCCAGCAUCCGCACACUGCGUCAACUUGGCAAGAAGACAGUAGUGGUGAAUUGCAACCCUGAGACCGUGAGCACAGACUUUGAUGAGUGUGACAAACUGUACUUUGAAGAGUUAUCUUUGGAGAGAAUCCUAGAUAUCUACCAUCAGGAGGCAUGCGGGGGCUGCAUCAUAUCAGUUGGGGGUCAGAUUCCAAACAACCUGGCAGUCCCUCUAUACAAGAAUGGUGUCAAGAUCAUGGGCACGAGCCCUCUGCAGAUAGACAGGGCCGAGGAUCGCUCUAUCUUCUCAGCUGUCUUGGAUGAGCUGAAGGUGGCUCAGGCACCCUGGAAAGCUGUGAACACUUUGAACGAGGCACUGGAAUUUGCGAAGUCUGUGGGCUACCCCUGUUUGUUGAGACCUUCCUAUGUUUUGAGUGGGUCAGCCAUGAACGUGGUAUUCUCUGAGGAUGAGAUGAAAAAAUUCCUGGAGGAGGCCACUAGAGUCUCACAGGAACACCCAGUGGUGCUGACAAAGUUUAUCGAGGGGGCCCGGGAAGUAGAAAUGGACGCUGUUGGCAAAGAUGGAAGAGUUAUCUCCCAUGCCAUUUCUGAACAUGUGGAAGAUGCAGGUGUACACUCAGGAGAUGCCACUCUGAUGCUGCCCACACAAACCAUCAGCCAAGGAGCCAUUGAAAAGGUGAAGGAUGCUACCCGAAAGAUUGCAAAGGCCUUUGCCAUCUCUGGUCCAUUCAACGUCCAGUUUCUUGUCAAAGGAAAUGACGUCUUGGUGAUUGAGUGUAACCUGAGAGCUUCUCGAUCCUUCCCCUUUGUUUCCAAAACACUGGGGGUAGACUUCAUUGAUGUGGCCACCAAGGUGAUGAUUGAAGAGAACAUUGACGAGAAACCUCUUCCAACAUUGGACCAUCCCAUAAUUCCUGCUGACUAUGUUGCAAUUAAGGCUCCAAUGUUUUCUUGGCCCCGUUUGAGGGAUGCUGACCCCAUUCUGCGAUGUGAGAUGGCUUCCACUGGAGAGGUGGCUUGCUUUGGUGAAGGCAUUCAUACAGCUUUCCUAAAGGCAAUGCUUUCCACAGGCUUUAAGAUACCCCAGAAAGGCAUCCUGAUUGGAAUCCAGCAAUCAUUCCGUCCCAAAUUCCUUGGUGUGGCUGAACAAUUGCACAACGAAGGCUUCAAGCUCUUUGCCACGGAAGCGACGUCGGACUGGCUCAAUGCCAACAAUGUCCCUGCCACCCCAGUGGCAUGGCCGUCUCAGGAAGGACAGAAUCCCAGCCUCUCUUCCAUCAGAAAACUGAUUAGAGAUGGCAGCAUUGACCUGGUGAUUAACCUCCCCAAUAAUAACACUAAGUUUGUCCAUGAUAAUUAUGUGAUUCGGAGGACAGCUGUUGACAGUGGUAUUGCUCUCCUCACUAAUUUCCAGGUGACCAAACUUUUUGCUGAAGCUGUGCAGAAAUCUCGCAACGUGGACUCCAAGAGUCUUUUCCACUACAGGCAGUACAGUGCUGGGAAAAUGGUGUAGAGAAAUAGACACCCAGCUCCCUCUGAAAUCAACCCAAGCCACACUGUAUCUAAAGGAACUGAUUCCCAACUGUCUUCCACAGAGACAAUACUGAUACUAAACUAUUUGAGUUCACUUGGUUAUGCCUUAAUGUUCUUUUCUUUCACGAUUAAAUUGUCGUCAGUCACUUUUUACAAACCUUACUUAAACUCCUUCCUAAAGAACUUGUUCUUCAUGAGAAUUCAUCUAUUUUCUAAUGCCUUACUUUUGGUGGGCUACACUUAACCUACGUGCUUAUUUGCAGCUAACAUUUUAUGGUGCUGAUUAACAAUGAUCAAGGUAGAAAAAGUUGCUGCUCUAUCUUCUGAACUAUUACUAUAUGCACUUUCAAGACUCUAUUGUCAUUGCUUCUAAAUAGCAUCUGCCACCCUCAGGACAUUUUUAACAAGGCAGAAUACUAUAACAAUUUCUGAACAUGAAAUAUGGAUUUAAUGUACGAAUCCCUUCAUCCUGAUGUUUGUGUAAUGUACCUUUUUGAAAAUUAUUCUCAAUUAUCUGGCUCAUCCAGGAGCAUCAUUAUCCCUUUUUACAGUACUGAAUUUGAGAAGUGACAGAGGUCUUUAAAGUAUGGAUUUCCUUAAAAGACACUGGUUUACAGUUUUGUGUUUUGGAGUAUGUCAGCGGAUGGAGUAUCUCAGCAGAUACAGCUGAGGUGGUUUUUGUUCUUGUCUUCCUUUGGAUUUUAACCUGAGCCAAGUGAAAUCUUCAGAUUGAUGCCAUGUCUCCCCACCUCCUCUCCCCUGCCAACUUUGGAAUAACUUGGAAGUUCCAUUCAGUUCCAUUCAGUUCCAUUCAGAUUAUGGUCAUUUCCAUUAGGUCAGUUCCAUUCAGAUUAUGGAUUUCUGUUGAUCUACUGAACCUUAGACUGCGCUAUGAAUUCCACACAUUUCAAGCAUAAGAUCCCCAUUCCUUCUGCAUACAAGAAAAAUCCUGCCUGCAGGGCAACCUAUGUCACUUUUAAACUUUUUUUGUGUUAUUACAAGUGCUCUAAUUGUAAACUUUUAAAUAAAAUGCUAUUAAGAGGCAA